UCCGUCUGGUGACUCAAAUUUCUCUGGAAUUCAAUUUAAUGUUAAGAAAGGAGGCUUUGACAGGAAAGCCAGGACUCGGCUUAUUCUGGCUAUUGUUCUGUGUUUGAUUUUAGCCAUCAUAUCUGAUGCAUCUCACUUGCUGACUGACUUUGCCAGUUUUAUGAUCAGCCUGCUGGCCUUGUAUUUAGCUCACCGACCUGUCACCAAGACGCUGAGUAUUGGCUGGUACAGAAUAGAAAUACUGGGAGCCUUUGUCUUCAUUCUCAUGUUGUGGGUCCGAACUGGUAUACUGGUGUACUCUGCUGUGCUGCGCAUUAUGGAUGAUAACUUUGAGAUAGAUGCCAGCGUGAUGUUGUUAACUGUUGGCACUGGAGUUGCAUUCAAUGUAGUACUAGGAGUGACACUACACCAGCAUGCACAUAGUCAUGGAGGAGGUCACGGAUAUUCCCACGGAGGUUCGGAUCAUUCCCACCAGAAACAGAAAACAGAAAAAACAGGUCAUGGGCAUGCCCAUGAGCAAAGGUCGCCCAACAUCAAUGUUAAGGCUGCAUUUAUUCAUGUUGUUGGUGACCUGUUUCAGACCGUGGGUGUGUUGUGGAAGAUAGUUGACCCUAUUUGUACAUUCCUGUUAUCCCAGUUUGUGUUGAUAACAACAAUCACAAUUAUAAGGGACAUUUUAGUGCUUCUUAU